CAAUUUUGAGAGAUCUUCUUCGCAAGUUCCGUGCGAAGCAUUUUUUGUUUGAAGUUGCACAAGUAGUAUUAAGAGAUAGAGCCAGAACAUUUAUUAUCUUUGGUUGGCCCAUCCCAAUAUCCCAAAUCCACAAUCGAGCAGCAGUAUCCUUUAUUGAGCAUCAUCGAAUCAAAGAAACAGGAAAGAUGAGAUUUUCGGGACGGUAUUGCGUUUCGCUUUUGCUCCUUGCGUUGCCAGGGGGGUCGGCAUUUCUUCCCACAACGGGUCGCACCGUCCCUUUCCAGACGAGCCUCGCAGCAACUUCUGGGCCUCGCACUCUGUACGACAAAAUUUGGGAUGAUCACUUGGUGGACGAUGAUGGUAUGUCGUCUCUGAUGUACGUGGAUCGUCACUUGGUCCAUGAAGUGACGAGUCCUCAGGCAUUCGAAGGUCUCAAAUUGGCCGGUCGAGGAGUGAGACGACCCGAUUGCGUCCUUGCCACUGUCGACCACAAUGUUCCCACUACCGACCGAUCGGCUUUGAUUGAUGUCCAAACUUUUAUUGAAGAAACAGCCAGUCGAACCCAGGUCAUGCAAUUGGAAAAGAAUGUGGAAGAUUUUGGAAUCAAGUAUUUUGGAAUGGCUGAUGAACGUCAAGGAAUUGUACACAUUAUUGGACCUGAACAAGGAUUCACCUUGCCGGGUACUGUCUGUGUCUGUGGAGAUUCUCACACAGCUACCCAUGGAGCUUUUGGUGCUUUGGCAUUUGGAAUUGGAACCAGUGAAGUGGAGCAUGUCCUGGCCACGCAGACGCUUGCUCAAGUCAAGACCAAGAAUAUGUUGAUCAAAAUUGAUGGAGAACUUGGGGAUGGAGUGACUUCCAAGGAUAUCAUUCUUCACAUUAUUGGUAUCAUUGGAACUGCUGGAGGAACUGGUUACACCAUUGAAUUUGAUGGAUCUGCCAUUCAUUCUCUAUCCAUGGAAGCUAGAAUGUCCAUCUCCAACAUGGCCAUUGAGGCCGGAGCCAGGGCGGGUGUCAUCGCUCCAGAUGAAAUCACUUUUGAAUAUCUCAAGGGCCGUCCCAUGUGUCCUUCCGGAGAGGAAUGGGACAAGGCUGUCAAAUAUUGGAAGACCAUGGUCUCGGAUGAGGGAGCUGUCUUCGACAAGACUGUGGAAAUUGCUGCCUCAGAUAUUGCACCCACCAUCACCUGGGGAACCAGUCCUCAAGAUGUGGCACCUGUCACUGGAAAUGUCCCCAUGAUUGCAGCCGAAGGGAAUGAUGCUGCCAGACAGGCCGGUAUCAAGCGUGCCUUGGAGUACAUUGGCUUGGAGGAAGGACAAAAACUCGAGGGAGUUCCCGUUGCAAAAGUCUUCAUUGGAUCCUGCACCAAUGGUCGCAUUGAAGAUAUGCGCAAUGUUGCUUCUGUCGCCAUGGGCAGGAAGGUUGCGGAAGGAGUUCAUGCCAUGGUGGUGCCUGGCUCUGGAUUGGUCAAGAAACAGGCCGAAGAAGAAGGGCUCGACAAAAUCCUCAUUGAGGCUGGAUUUGACUGGCGUGAACCUGGAUGCAGCAUGUGCCUUGCCAUGAAUGCAGACAAACUCAAACCACAGGAACGCUGUGCUUCUACUUCCAACAGAAACUUUGAGGGACGACAGGGCAAUGGAGGAAGAACUCACUUGAUGUCUCCUGCCAUGGCAGCAGCCGCUGCGGUCAGUGGUGGAAUUGCCGAUAUCCGAAACUUCCCCUUCCUCGGAGAUCCGUCCGCGGAUCCCCGAGCAGUUGGAAACGUCCAAAGUCGUGUUUUCUCCACGGAAAACUAUGUUUCCCCCGGACCAGUCAUUUCUCCUACACCACCCUAUCAAAAAAAGGGAGGUGCUGCUACUGAGUCUUCGGGAGCUGCUGGGCUCCCUAAAUUCGAUAAAUUGACCGGUGUUGCUGCCCCACUUGACAUUCAAAACAUUGAUACCGACAUGAUCAUCCCCAAGGAAUUCCUAAAGACAAUUAAGCGCUCUGGGCUUGGUUUCGCUGCAUUUGCUGAGCUUCGGUAUAAAAACCCUGACGAAGUCGCGACAAUUGGAGAGGAGGUGUGUCAGAACCGAGAUGACUUUGUGUUGAACCAAGACGGGUACAAGGGUGCCAAGAUCUUGAUCGUCGGAGACAACUUUGGAUGCGGAUCCAGUCGAGAGCAUGCUCCCUGGUCCAUCGGCGACAUGGGAAUCCGCUGCAUGAUUGGAACUUCAUUUGCCGACAUUUUCUACAACAAUUGCUUCAACAAUGGUAUGCUUCCUGUGACACUUCCCCGGGAUCAGGUGGAGGCUCUUCUUGAGGAUGUGUCCAAACCCGGUGUCGAGCUUACAGUGGACCUUGUGGAGCAAAAGGUGAUUCGUCCCAAUGGAGAAGAAUUUCCGUUUGAAAUCGAUGCUUUCAAGAAGGACUGCCUUGUCAACGGCUUGGACAAGAUUGGCUUGACUUUGGCAAAGAGCGACAAGAUUUCUGCAUUUGAAACUACAAGGUCCGAGAAAUUCCCGUGGUUGGACGGAGCUGCAUUGAAGGUCCCCGAUGAGGUCCCAAUGUACCCUGAUGCAGGCUUCUGGGAAAAGGAACCUGUUGCUGCUGCAUAAGAUGAAAUGAAACAAUAAAAAUAAAUAGUCAAUUAAGUUUGUGCAC